AUGGACGUUGACGCUGAUAGCUCCUCACUUCCUUGGUCACCCACCGACGCUUUAAUGGCCGUCCGAGUGCGGGCACAUCGGCACCAGCAUAUCCGCCCAGUGCAUAUUGAGGCCGCUCCCCCGGGUCACUACGGUCGAAGCCCUGCGUUGCAUCCACGAAGGUCUGCGUCGCCGUCACCGCCAUCUGCAAGCGGUUCAGAUACCGAGUCUGACCAUGGCCACCGCGCUACGGACCUGGAUCCCGUAGUCAUCGUCGACGACUGCACAAAAAUGGACUGUGCGGACUGUCUCUGCUCGACACUUGUGGAACGUCUCGACGCCGUGUCGGCACAUGCGAGGCGAUUGGCCACCCGCCUCUCUGCGGCCGAGACGAGUGCACAAGGGUUCCGUGCUCAGAGCGACCGGCUGCACAUGCUUCUCCUCACGAACCAGCAGCGUCUGUUCUCAGAACGCAGUCACCACGAUUCCAUGGCUGCCCUGUGGGGGGAGCGUAUCCAGAGUCUCGAGCAGGAGAACAACAAACUCCGCCGCGCCGUCAAGGAUGCUUCGCCGCCGACAGCCGAGGGCACGGACCAGUUGCCCUCGAUCCCCAACAGCUCGCAUACCACACGCACGACCAGCUAG